AUGUUGUUGGAUUUGCUAAAACUGCAUCCUACCAACCGAAUACGUCCCACUGCUGGUUCAAAUAAGUCUCAAAGAUACCUAGUCACUUCUCGGGAUUAUCUUGAUUUUAUAGCAGACUUAGACGUAUACUACGAGGGAUUUAUCCAAUAUUCCGAUAUCUAUAAUAUAUGCGACGUGCUGAUUCAGAAUUAUCACGAGGCGAGACACGUCCAAGAUAUCUUAUUGGGGGCUUUCGACGAUAUGAUAAGCGAAUGUUGCAACCUAACUCUAAGGACGUUACUGGAUGAUCCAGAAAGUCCAGAGCGCAAGGAAACUGUCAACCAACUUGUUAGUCUUGUCAGGUGGAGUGAACGCAGGCCCAAUGUCAAGCCAAGCCUCUUUUUACGUUUUUUCAAGCAUAGGUCAAUGCUUAUGCCGUCACUGGAGGACUACCUUAGCAUAUGUCCGUACUCGGAUGCUGUGUUUGGGGUAUUGGUGAGCGACCUACAAAGUAUUCCUCGGUUUUUGAAACUCUCCAUCCAGUAUUUAUUUGAGAGGAAUCCCUGUCCGGUUCUGGCACCGCAAACAUACGCUCAACUAUUCAGCGCAUACAUGGCUUGUUGCGACUAUGCUUAUGCCUCCUAUUGCUUCCGUAUUCUUCGAAGUACUAUGCGCUCCCCGAAUUUAAACAUCGAUGCCAAUGCGGAAAGUGAUUUUACAAAACUGCUUUGCCUACGCCCCCACCGCGAGAUACAAUACGCCGAUCUAUUGCCCACUAUACAACUGCGACUCAACUCAACGCAGCCGAAGUAA